CCGGUCACGGCGCUCAAGUUCAUUGUGAGGUGCACUUUAUAUGCUGUCCCUCGAAGACUCCAUGGUCUAAAUAUGGAUUGCCGCAACGCGAUUUGUCCGGUCUUGUGGGAGAGAACAUCUUUCUUCCAUGUGAUGUGGAUACGGAGAAAUGUGGCGACCUACAUAGCAUCAAAUGGUAUCGUGGAUCUUCUCGGAUCUUUGUCUUCAGCGAGACGGCCGGCAUAGCUCGACCUGAGGCAGAUUACACGGAACGGGCAAGUCUGCAUUACAAACAGAAUGACACGGAAUCUUAUCUGGAGGUGAAGCAGCUGCAAGUAGCUGAUGAAGCUGUGUACAAAUGCGAGAUCACGUUUUUAGAAGUACGGCAGGGAUGUUCCGUUGUACAGUUUAUCAACCUCACAGCACUCAUAAAGCCGGAAUAUGUGCGAAUUACGAAAGACGACAGCACAGAACUUCAGAAUGCUUCAACAAUUGGUCCUUUCACUGAGGGCGAAGACCUUACGCUAACUUGCGAAUCAGGUGGCGGGAAACCUGUUCCCAGUGUCAUCUGGUGGAAUGGCACACAUACGAUGAAUGGUGAAUACAGCUCAGACAAUGGAGCGAACACUCCGGGCACAGCAAGGAACAAGGUUCAACUGAAACUUGGGCGGGGUGACCUGGGUGCGAAAUAUGAAUGCCGUACCAUGAAUGAUGCUCUUGAAGAACCCAUGCUAGCCUGGGUAGAUGUGGAUGUCCAUGUUCGCCCACUUAGUCUGGAUCUUUCGGGCGUGGUGCAUCACGUGGUGCAAGGAACAAAGGUGACUUUGGAAUGUGCGGUCUUGGGAGCGAGACCAGCUGCAAAUGUGACGUGGUACAACGGCUCCGAGCCCAUCAGCGAAGGGGCCCUUCGUACAGAUGUAGCCCUUCAGACUCCAGAAACAACAGUGGUGGAAGCUGAGGACGGAACGUAUGAAACCCGUAGUCUUCUGAUCUUUACGGCAACCAGAUUCGAGAACGGGGAAGUACUCACGUGCAAGGGAGCCAACUCUGUUAUGCUACAGAAGGAUGAGAAGCCCUUGAAACACACGCUCACUCUUGAGGUCCUGUAUCCGCCCAUUGUAUCUGUGACCCCAGAGAAUGUGACAGUCAACGAGAGCACAGACAUCUUCUUGUUCUGUUCCUACGAAGCGAAUCCGAACACUCUUGAAAGCGUCAGUUGGCUUCGAGAUGGUGAGAAGCUGACACUGACUCCAGAUCAUUAUGAAGGAGGUACAAUUGACCAGCCAACACUAGUGAUAAAGAAUUCAACCCGACAUGACCAAGGAGCGUAUACAUGUGAACUAAGGAACAAAGUCGGAAGCCAGGAAUCUAACAGUGCGGUUUACGUCGCUGUCUACUUCAAACCAAUUGUGCAGCUAACAAUGGAACCACCAACGCCAGUGAGUGAGCUGGACAGGCUGAAUAUAACUUUGAUGUGCAAGGUGGAGUCUGGGAAUCCUGAUAUCUUGCAGGCAGUGCGCUGGUACUUGGAUGGGGAAUUGCUCAAAGAGUUACCUGAUUGCGGGGGAAAUGUUACCGAUUAUAUGUUCUGUGACAUUGAUCCCAGCAAGCUGCUGCUUGAGGAUGUAGGACGCAGUUUCCAUGGAAAUUAUUCAUGUGAGGGCAUGAAUGAAGCUGGAUGGGGUCCACUUUCUCCAGAUGAAGAACUUACAGUUUAUUAUCCACCUGGGGCAGCAUCACUUAAAUAUGAACCAACUGGAGUGAUAAAGAAGAGUUCAGUGACAUUGAGGUGCAGCGUGGAUGACGCAGGGCGGCCGGAGACUACGACAUAUCGUUGGUUGCGUGGAACGCACCUCAUUCAAGAUGUGACAACAGCCAAUUGGACAAUUGAUCCAGUCACACUAGAAACAGAAUCUAACUUCACCUGUUUGGCCUAUAAUAAGGGUGGAGAGGGAGAUCCUGCUACAGUGUAUAUUGAGGUGUUCGCUCCUCCUACUUUUAUUGAGCGACUGCCACCAUAUCAUGGUGCCCUGUUUAAUUCAUCAAACAUAAAUAUAUCUUGUCGAGUGGAAUGCUCACCACUCUGUUCUGUUCAGUGGCUUAAGGAUGGAAAGUUACUAAACUUGAACAGUUCAUUCUCCUUGUAUUCAGUGAGCAACACUGUGAUACCUCCUGACACACGCACCAAUGAUUUUGAAUCUGUCAGAUCAAUGUUGAUAUGGAAUAUGUCUGCCUGGCCAGGUGGACAAUUAGAUCGCAUCCAUGACAGUGCCAAUUAUACAUGCCAGAGCACUCACAAUGAAGUUGGAUCUGGAGUAAAAAGCAGUACAACAUUUAGAGUUGAAUAUCCUCCAGAAAACAUCACAGUUUCAAAAAGCAUUGUGAAUGUUACUGAACGGCAUAAUCCAGAGAAAGUUCUGUGCAGUGCUACGGCAUACCCUGAAGCCGCCUAUAUUUGGAAGCAUGAUACAAGUACUUUCAGUACAAGAGGAAAUAAUGCACUCAUACUGUCUUCUGUGUCACGUGAUAGUGGAGGCAACUACACCUGUGAAGCCUUCAACCGUCAUGGAAGAAUUACACAAAAAACCUUCAUCAAUGUUCUUUAUAAGCCAGAAUGCGGAAUUACACAAAGUGGAGUAGAUGGCAAGCUUGCUUUAAUUUGUGAAGCACAUGCAAAUCCCAAGGAAGUUGACUUUACUUGGCGAAUAAAGAAUGAAAAUGACACACUUGAAGAGAAUAUUGAGAAGAAAGGGCUUCAGAGUACCUUGUUACUAGACAGUCAUGUUGAAAACUUCCGUACCUACGUGUGUGUUGCCAACAACUCAGAGGGACCUUCACUACCAUGUGAACGGGAUGUUACAUUUGAGAUAAGCUGGUGGGAAAAACUGGAUAUUGAACAUCUCACCAUUAUUAUUGCAAUUGUAGUGGGAGCUAUUUUAAUGGUGCUCAUUGUUUGCAUCAUAAUUAUCAUCGUGUGCAGAAGGAAACGUGCUGAAGACAAGUACAAUAAUCCAGUGGAGAUGGAGGAGAGAGAAAAUGGGUAUCAGAGGUUUGUCACAAAUCUGUACGGUCCUCACAAAACUCCAGAAGGAGACUCCUCUGUAACACCAGCUCAAGUCCAAGCAAGGCCUGUUCACAAGUGGCCUCUUCGCCCAGGUGUACUUGUGCAUGUCAAUGGAGCUCACAGCUUAAGUGUAGGCAGACUGCCUCAACAGCAAUACGAUGGAACUAUUAGCACUAGCACACCAAAUAACACUCCCACCAGACUAAAAAGUUCAGUACCAAUACAUAAAGUAUGCAGGAAAGACCAUAUUAAGAAGGCUGCUAAAAGAUUGAAAAAGAGACAUGCUACUAGUAUUUCCAAUCUUCAACCUGAUGACACUAAUCAACAUAGUAGAGCCAACAGGAUACGCCAAAUGUUUUCCAGUGAUGCCAGUAAAUACCAUCCAGAAACAUUGUCAGGGGUUAUUCAUGGUAAAUCAGGAGUGGUGACUUUCAAGAAAUUAGAUGGUCCACUCAACAGUGGGGUGUCAAGGAAACGUAAAAAACCUGGGACAGACCCAAGUCCAUCAGUUACCAAAGAUAAAUCCAGGCCUGAUCUUGCUGGGUCCCCAAGUGAUGGUUUUCUACCACCUGAUGGGGACAAGGCUUUCUAUGAGAAUUUGCCCUUCCAUGGCAUGCAGUCAGCACCAAACAAGCCCGCUUCCACCAGUUGUAAUAUGAACAUCACAAGUAGGCCAUCAAGCCAACUCAGUCAGUAUGGAUCAUCUGGCUAUGGAUCCACACGGAGUCAUGUUGGUCCUCGUCUAAAUAGCCAAUCUCAAUCUCUAGCCUUGUUGCCAAAAAACAAGUUUAGUACACUACAAACACGUACCAGUAAACGUGGCUCCAACAUGGGGGAGCAUUAUCCUCAGUUCUAUUCAAUGAGGCUGCGAAAGAGAAACCAAACAGACAGGUCAAUUUCACAUCCGGAUGGAAACUGUUACAGACCACAAAUCUUCCAGCUCCAUCAAAUGCCAAUUAAAGAGAAUUCACCAGAAUCAAAAUUGAGUGUGCAGGAAGCAAUAUCUGGCAACAAAAAUGAAGUUAAUAACAACAGUAAUAUCAACCAGAGACUAGAUAGCAUAGUUCCUCCGGUCCCAGCUCCCAGAAAACAUCACACCAAUAAGUCGGCUAAGCACACUUAUCAGAAUGUGCCCAUUCCAAUCACACCUAAUACUCAGGAGCCUAGUCCAGGACAGAGCCGACAGCAGCAUCAACACCACCACCAUCACCACCACCAUCAUUACAAUCUAACAUCAUCACAACAUCAUCUACUACUGACACCUCCCAACACCAAAACUACCAGCCUGAACCUCCAGCAAACAUCGAUUGCACUGGGGGGGAAACAACAGUCCCAGCCAUUGUGUGGGAACACAAGGCAAAACAGCAACACCAAUAGCAGCAACAGCAGCAGCAGCAUCAACAAUAGGACAUAUCUCCCACCCAUGCGUUUGGAAUAUCAGCAGCCUUAUUACGUCGCAGAACCCUAUGUUACGGAUAGCAUAGUGUAUGCAGACUUAGCCCUGGCAGCAAAUGGCAUGCGUGAACCCCAUCUCCUUCCUCAUUAUAGACCACCACAAAACUCCACAGAAUAUGCCAUUUUGAAGUUUCAUGACGUUGGACAGGAGAUUGAUGUGUGAGAAGCCAUUCCGACCGGAAUUCUCUGACCUGGACUACGCUGAUGUGGAUUAUCGCUCAUAUGGGCCAAUUAACUACAAGAUGGCCUCCAUACAGGCAAUAGAGCAGGAGAAGAAGAAGAAUAUUAAAAAUGAAAACCAAC